AUGGUGCAGCAAUGCUCGCAACAGCGGCCCGUACAGAACAGCGAGGUGUAUGUGCUGCGCCGGGUGCCGUCCUUCCCGAGCGUUCCGCCGCCGUCCCCUCCCUCGCCAAGGACUCCUCCCGAAGACGAUUGCGCGCUCGCACCCAUCGAGGCCCUCAGCUUGACGCAGCCCAACAUCGCCGUGUGCGACAAGAAGCUUGCCUUCGAAGAGCGCCUCUCGCGCGCCGUCCACGUCCUUGCGACCGAGACCGCCGCGCUCCAGGAUCUCACCCAGCUCUAUUCCUCCGACCGCCUCGCCCGAGAUGGCUUUAGCCGCGCCGUCGACGCCAUCGUCCGCCGGCAGGGCAGCGACGGCGGCAAGCUAGUCGUCAUCGGCGUCGGCAAGUCAGGGCACAUUGCCAAGAAACUUGUCGCGACCUUCAACAGCCUCGCCAUCGUGGCCGUCUUCCUGCACCCAACUGAGGCCCUGCACGGCGACCUCGGCCAGAUCUCGCGGCGCGACACUCUCCUACUGAUCACCUUCUCCGGCAAGACUCCCGAGCUGCUCACCCUCCUCCCUCACCUGGACAGAUCCCUCCCGCUCAUCCUCCUCACCGCCCACACCCGCCCGGAGACGUGCGAACUGGUGCGCCAACGGCCAGACACGAUCCUGCUCCCCGCCCCGGUCCACGAGCCGGAAACGGCCUCCUUCGGCGUGGCGGCGCCGACCACGUCCACCACGGUCGCGCUGGCCGUCGGCGACGCGCUGGCCCUCGUCGCCGCGCGCGAGCUGCACGCCUGCGUGGCGUCCGUCUUCGCGCGCAACCACCCCGGCGGCGCGAUCGGCGCCUCCCUGCGCGGCGGCCGCCGCGGCCGUCCACGCGAGGACGUGCGCGCGCUCAUGGUCCCGCUGGACCAGCUCGGCGGUCUCCUGCCGCCGCAGCCCCGCGCCGGGGAAGAAGAGGGGAAGCAGAAGGGAAAGGGCAAGGAAACGGACGGGGGGUCCGCUCCAGCUCCAUCUCCAGCUCCAGCUCCAUCUCCAGCUCCAGCAUCAGCAUCGGCAGCAUCAUCAGCGGCAGCCUCGCCCACGGGGCUGGAUAUCCUGCGCGCCGGCUACGCCAGCCCGUCCGGGUGGGUGCGCCUCGACGCCCGGCCCCGCCUGCACCCCUCCAGCCCCGACCAACACCGAGACCAUGCCAGCGGCGGCAACGGCGCGGUGGUCUCGCCCCGCCGGAUCAGACGCCUCGCGGCGGCGGACAUGGCCCGCCCGCUGGAGGAGCUGCGCUGGCUGGCCGUGCCGCGGAGCGAUUUCGUGCCCGUGGCGGCCGACACGAGCGUGCAGCGCGCGGCCGAGUGGAUCCGCGGCCUGCGGGCGGCGACGGGGGACGGCGGGGCGUACGGCGACGACGCCGUCGUCGCGGUCAUGGAGCGCGGCGAGUGCGUCGGGCUGGUGGAGGUCGGGAGACUGCUUGAAGAGGCGUCGGGGUCGACGUGACGGGGAUUUUCUUCAGGAGCGGGUUGGGAUUAAUAUUAAUCAUGCAAGUAGAGCGGACGGGAUUGGACUGGGAGGCGAUUCGUUGUUGCAUUUUGGCAUAGUACAUGACUGGCGUUUCCAGGGCGUUCAAGGGGAUUUCAUCUGCCGAAUGUCGGCAGUGCGCUUCAUUGGGGAGGUGGUCGUCGUCUUUUACAACUUUAAAGACUGGGCGGCUUUUUGGACAAUGGGAUGCCUGAAAGUAGCCGCAUCUCGCAGCAUCGGGCGGACUUGUUU